ACCUGACCCACCAGCUCCACCGCCAUUAGGGUUGGCAUCACCGCUCUCACCAUCGUUCGGCGCCUCUGCUGGUGUCUUACCGGAGCCUUUUCUCGCGGCCCCUGCUCCUCCCGGUGCUUUGUUGCCGCGGCCAGCCUUUUUCUUCCCAGCUCUGUCUGUGAUCCCAAAAAAUUUCCCGGAAAAGAAGGAUGGUGGAGGUUCAACACCCAUCUUCUUCAGAGGAGGAUGUACACAGCUGGUAGCGAGUGAUUCCUCUUCGAUCUCUCGAUAAGGUGGUGGGGGCUCGUCGUCGUCCGCGUACGCAGGUUAUGUUAGCUCGUGCCCCCCUUUUAUCCCUAUUUUUAUUUUUAUUCCACCGGCUAUGAGGGAUUCCGACAGUUAUUUAGACUAUCAUGAACCGAACGACACGCUUUGCACUUCUUAGGCGGUAGCGACGAUGGCAGUGGGAAGAGUGAAAUACAUUAAACUAUUUGUCUCUUCGGGGAGGAGAAAAGGGAAUUAUUGGUUUUUGGGGAGAGUUAGGUUGCAAAGAGCUGAACCGGGCGAUCAAGUGACCGGCCAAGCACUGGGAGACAGAACCAAGGUAAUGCCAGACAGGAAGGACACAAAAGAUAAACAGAGCGGAAUGGGUGGGGUGAGAGUGUGUGUGAGAGAACGAGAGGGAGGGGGGGCCAAGUGUGUUCAGACUUGAGGGGUAGGAAUUUUACGUGCCUGAUC